AAUCAUGAUUCAGGGGAAGGGAAAUCCCUGUCCUUGAUUCGAAGGCCCAGGGCGCAGUGUGAACUUUGAAGGCUAUGUACGUGAAGGCUCUGAAACGCUGGUGUACUUUGCCCCCUGAAAGUUCUUCCCAAUUUUAGAUUUUGCCCUUCUCUUCUUGGGGGAGGGUUGAAAGGUUGCAUGCAGCACUUCUGGAACAUUGUUUGAGCAAUCAAGGAGAGCUUGAACUGUUGGAAGCCCCUAAUUGAGCUGCAUCUGGUGGUGGUUGAGGUAGCUGAAAGCACGGACUUUGCUCUGCUGUUCAAAGUCCAGCAAGGUUGGCUAUUGUGCAUAUCUCGGAAGGAUAUCCUAAGGGCUGAUAGGUUGCUGUUGGAAUCACAAUUUAUCAAGUCAAAUAAGGAGUUCCAACAAUCACUGUUCGAUAGAGAAACACCAGACAAAUCUUGCGGACACCCCGGAAACGAGAGCCGUCAAAGCGUGGCUUGAACUAAGCUGCCAGAUAUUACGGCAUAGCUCAGCACUACUCCCAGGUUUUCAAGCUGGUCGGACUUUUUCUGAGCUCUGCGGAGCGACAUCCAUAGUAGGAAUGUUCACCUACUUCUUUACAGCGAGUGCGGAUGGUUUGGGGCAGGGGCCAGUCACACCAGCGGCCAUUUACACCAGCAACCGCUUCUGCCCGCACCAACCACACAUUGCAGCCCUGUCCAGCUUGUCUGCUAGCGGAUUGCAGUGCCGGUGCGGGCAGGUUUUCAAAGAUGCGGGCGCGUUUGCUAUUUUACCUCCGGGGGAUCCCCUUAUGGUAGAUCAGGUCCAUUCCUUCGCGCUGACAGCCAGUGAUGGCGCCCGCACCUACGGCUUCUGCCGGCACAUUGCUCCCUUUGGGGGAGACUUGAAAGGCCCUGUUCAGCCGACGGUCGCAUGCAUCCUGUCCAGCCACUACUGGCCCAGCGUAUUCCAAGAAGUGCUCACAGUCUUGGAAGCGCUCCUCUCGACGCCGCUCGAUUCAACCGCCCCCCAAACAGGGCCUUCUGAAUGGCUGGCGCCCCACUCCCCGGCCAGUCAAUUCUUGGAGGCCCUGUUGGAGACCCGGUUGCCGCCGCCGGGAGACCUUUUCUCAGUCCGCAGAGUCAUCUCCAAACAGCAAGUGGACCAUCCCCCUCCAGAACAGGGCCUCUCGCCCCUGCACCUUCUAGACGCGUCCCCGGUGAAUGUGCUGGGUUUGGAGGGGGGGGGCAUUGCCUGGGCCGACAGACUCAAAUCGACCCCCCCUGACGAGAGUCCUUCCGGAGUCCUCGACGCCUUUGACGCUAACAACCCCUUCGACCCCCCUUUGUACGACACCGAUGUGUCCCCUCCCCAAACACGCCCCGACACCCCCGCACUAUCGUCCCCCGACUCACAACCUCCCCCCCCGGAUCAAGCCCCUGACGACCCUCCCGCCAGUCCAAGCAAUGACAGUUCCUUCAGCAGUUUCUCUAGCUUGGGCUUUAUUUCCCCCGAAGUGCCGCACUUAGAGGGAGCCACCAGCCCGCCACGUCGCGACGCGGCUGAAAACGGGGCCUCGGAGCCGAGUGUGAGCGGCAGGCUGGAGGGCUGGGAGCUGGUGUACAGUUUCGAGAGGCCAUGGGACGUGGAGGGGGAUCCCCUGGCGGACGCGUCGCUGGAGCCCCUCCUGAGGUUGGUCCCGCCGCAAGUGUUGGUGGCCCUUCUUGCGGCUCUCCUGCGCGAACGACGCAUCGCUAUCGUCGGACCGAGCCCCGGUGACGUUAGCGGCGCCGUGUUCGCUCUCGCGGCCAUUCUCCACCCCUUCCAAUGGCAGCACAUCUUUCUACCGACCCUUCCGGAGGCGUUUCUGCAUUACCUGUCGGCGCCAAUGCCUUUCCUCGUUGGGGUACAGAGUGCCACGUGGCAGAAGCUGCAAAGCGAGGACAUUUCUUUGGGCGACAUCGUGGUGCUCGACCUGGGCCUUGGGUCGCUCUUCUCCUCCUUCCCCGACCGCAAAGAACUUCCCAAAGAUCCCGCCUCUAGUUUAGAGACCAACCUGCGGGCCGCCUAUUCACACCUCUCCCCCCCCGCCGCACGCGACGCAUUCCUCCGCUUCUUCCUCUCCCUAUUCGGCUGGUACCGACGCUUCGUCCGCUUCGACGGGGGGGGGCACGUGGCACGCCCGGAUUCGCCGUUCGGGGGUCCGUCCGCCACGUGUCACCUGUGGUUCGACCACCGGACGUUCGUGGAGAGCGUCCGGGAUAAGAAGACGGCCGCGUUUCUGAACGGCUUCCAGGGCUCGCAGAUGUACGAGGCGUUCGUGAGGGAGGUCCUUGCGAGGGCUGCUCGGUGCGCUAGCGGAGAAGACCCGUUCUCGACUGAGGUUCGAAGACUCUAUGAUCAGAGUUCCUAAAGGUGGUCUGUGUAGGCUUCCUUCGUUGACGCAUGGGGUUACAUGAGGACGAGGCCUUUCAAACAGCGUAUCUGCAAUCCAAUUCAACGGCUUGCUUGAGCAUGGCUAUGACCUAGACCCUUCAGAAGGACACUCCAGAUUCGAGUCUGGCUUUAUAAUGCAAGUGUUGUGAGUUCCUGCCA